AUGUCUUUCUGUCUGUCAUUCUUAGUUAAAUUCUCUCCAAUUCUCACUCUCUCUUAGCCCUUUUUGGCCAUGGAAAGUUUGAACUACUUUAGAGCUUUGAUUGUUGUCCUUUGCCUGCUCUUUGCUUUGAGCUUAAACAGCUCCAAUGGAGAUCAUAAUAAUAAUAAUAAUAAUAAUAAUGAAGAUGAAGAUGAUGAUGAUGGAGGAAUGCCAUCUUCUUCUCCAAUGAAGAUUUCUCAGAAAGAAGCUCUCUUUUCUGCCAUUCAAGGGUUUGUUGGAAAAUGGUGGAAUGGUUCUCAUCUUUAUCCUGACCCUUGUGGUUGGACCCCAAUUCAGGGUGUGUCAUGUGAUUUCUACGAUGGAUUUUGGUACGUGACUGAACUAAGAAUCGGGCCUGUCCACGACAACUCUCUCAGAUGUAGUAACGAGAAAAUCGAAUUUCCCCACCAACUGUUCGAUUUAAUUCGCCUGAAAACCCUUUCUUUCUUCAAUUGCUUCGUUUCGGGUCGUCCGGCGAAUAUUCCGGCGGAAAAUUGGGGAUUUCUCGCCGGAAGUCUGGAGUCGUUGGAGUUCCGGUCGAAUCCGGGGCUCGCCGGAGAAGUUCCGGAAGGUUUGGGGAAGCUCGAAAAGCUCGAGUCUCUGGUGAUAAUGGAGAAUUCUUUGACAGGUGAAUUGCCGGAGAGCAUUGGGAGAUUGAGGAAUUUGCGACGCCUGAAUCUCGCCGGGAAUUUAUUCUCCGGCGGAAUUCCGGCGGGGAUGACUUCGCUCGAUCGUCUAUUGAUUCUCGACCUGAGCAACAAUUCCCUGUCGGGAUUCUUGCCGGAAUCUUUUUCAGGCCUGGUUUCCGUAAUGAAGCUGGAUUUAAGCAACAACAACCUGUCGGGGAAUAUUCCGGCGGCGAUCGGAAACCUGGACAAUCUGACGGUGCUCGAUUUUCGAAACAAUCGAUUUUCCGGCGGCCUGCCGAAGUCCCUAGAACGCCUGACGUCACUGGAAGAAUUGGCUUUGUCGGGGAAUCCGAUCGGCGGCGAAAUUUCCGGCGUGGACUGGCGGCGCCUGGCGGGGCUGACGGCGCUGGACCUGGCGAAUGCGAACCUGUCGGGGAAUAUUCCGGCGGGGAUCGGGGAAAUCCGACGCCUGAGAUUUCUGGGCCUGAAUGACAACAAUCUGACGGGCGAGAUUUCUCCGGAUCUUGCGAAGCUGCCGGAGGUGAGCUCGAUGUAUUUCCAUGGCAAUAAUCUGAGGGGGCGGCUGCCAUUUUCGGAGGGUUUUUACAGGCGAUUGGGGAGACGAUUUGGGGGUUGGGACAAUCCAGGAUUGUGCUGUCCGGUGGGAUCGGUGUCGGAAAAGUUUGUGCCGAUUGGGGUGAAGAUUUGCCGGCGGGGAGGGGUGGUGACGACGGGGAGAGAUGGAUCGACGGUGGAGAUUGAAAGUUGGGGGGAUCAGGAUUCCAGAUCGACGGCUGGAUUUGCUUCUUGUUUUAGUAGUGUAGUGGUAGUUUUAAUGGAGGUUUUGUUUGUUGUUUUGAUUUGGCAAUAAUUUUAUGUGUGUUUGGUUGUAGGUGUUAGAUUAGGCUUUUUAAUAUAUAGUACCUCCCUCGACUGUAAAGGUCCAUUUACUUUUGCUUGUUAAUUUUUUAAUAUUAAAUA